AUGAGGAGGUUUUUCAACAGGGGUUCUGGCGACUCUUCACAGCCUUCGCCGGAAUCUCCGGCACCGUCGCCUUCGUCCCUCUCCACCACUGGGCCAGCGCGGCCGAUCCGCCUCGUCUACUGCGACGAGAAAGGCAAGUUCCGGAUGGAUCCCGAGGCUGUAGCGACGCUUCAGCUGGUCAAGGAGCCUGUCGGUGUCGUCUCCGUCUGUGGUCGUGCUCGCCAGGGCAAGAGUUUCAUCCUAAAUCAGGGGAAACCAAAGGAGAAGCAAAAACCGAAGUUGAAGUCAAAGCAGAAGCAGAAGCAGAAGCAGAAGUUGAAGCCAAAGGGGAAGAAGCAGAAGUUGAAGCUGAAUGAGAAGAAGCAGAAGUUGAAGCUCAAGCAGAAGUCAAUGGUAUGCCUUGCUGAACCUUACCUCUCCAGGCUUGCGCCUGAAGUUGCCUUGCCUGGCCUAGUUGUUUUGAGAGAAGAGAGAUUGGAAGAUCCACAAAUUUUCUUUCAUGCUGCUGGAUGGCUAUGCCCUUUUCUAGAGGCCUGUGGGAGAUUUGGGAUCCUGGAGGUUGUUCUUUGCCAAACCACGCAACUUGGUGUGUUUCUUGUAUUGCUUCUGCACUAUGACAGAUGGGUAUCAGUGCCCUCAGGCAUGUGUGGUGCACGCUUAGUGCCUGACCUUGGUCUAGGCAAGGGAACAUAUAGCACGCAGAUAUUUUCCUUAGCUGUCCUUUUAUCAAGCAUGUUCAUAUACAACCAGAUGGGUGGUAUUGAUGAGGCAGCACUUGAUCGUCUCUCCCUCGUCACUGAAAUGACUAAACAUAUUCGUGUAAGAGCUUCUGGAGGCCGGAGUAGUGCUUCUGAACUUGGGCAAUUUUCCCCAAUAUUUGUUUGGCUUUUGAGGGACUUCUAUCUCGAUUUGGUGGAGGAUAAUAGGAAAAUAACACCCCGUGACUAUCUAGAGCUUGCUCUAAGGCCAGUUCAAGGGAGUGGACGAGAUUUAGCCACCAAAAAUGAGAUACGUGAGUCAAUUCGGGCUCUUUUUCCUGAUAGAGAAUGUUUCACCCUUGUCCGGCCUCUGAGCAGUGAAAGCGAACUCCAGCGGCUUGACCAAAUUCCUUUGGACAAAUUAAGAUCAGAGUUUAGAUCUGGUCUAGAUGCUUUGACGAAGUUUGUUUUUGAGAGGACUAGGCCCAAGCAAGUAGGGGCAACUGUAAUGACGGGACCAAUCCUUGCUCGUAUAACUCAGUCUUUUUUGGAUGCAAUUAAUAAUGGUGCAGUACCAACAAUAACAUCCUCGUGGCAGAAUGCUGCAUUCUUUUCUUAA